AUGGCUCUCGAACUUCCCGCCGGCGCUGCGGAAACGAUAGUACGGAAGAAGGCAAAAUACUGCCGCUUGGCGGAUUCUAACGCGUGGCAUCUGGCCGACGAGGUCUUUCUGCCCGACUUCGAGUUCAAGGCAGUCGACGACAAGGACGCCGUCAUCCACAUCAACGACACCGACUACCACUGGACCUCGCUCGCGGACUGGGUCGCCUACUUUAGCAAGACGUUUGCCCCCAUCCAGACAAUGCACGUCGUUGGAUAUCCCGAGCUGGAGCUGGUGGCCCCGGACGAGAUCAGUGCCGUGUUUGGGGUCCAGUAUUUCGUGGGAACGAAGGAGGUAGAUAAGGGAUUACAUGGCACCGGUGGAGGACACUACUUUGAGACGUGGAAGCUCAAGGAUGGCGACUGGUUCAUCCAGAAGAUCAAAUUUGUGAGGAUCUACUGGAAAGAGAUGACUCUGUAG